UCGGACUACACUCAGAGCCUAUAACUUUGGGGAGCAUGCGGUUAGCACUUUGUGUGAAGGGAGCGUGAGGACUGGGGCUGGCCGGUGCUCUGUAAAAACUCCAGCUAACUAUCAGGACGGUCCCCAUUCACUGCGGCUCUCUCUCAAUCACAGGCACUGCAUCGAGAUGCUCUCCCAGCUGGAAGGUGCCAUGGACGACAUCAUCAAAGUUUUCCACAAAUAUUCAGGAAAGGAGGGGGACAAGUACCUUCUGGCCAAGGCUGAGCUGAAGGACCUGCUGAAAGGUGAACUUGGAGCUUUCCUCAAGUAUCAGAAAGAUCCCAAUUCUGUGGACAGCAUCAUGAGGGACUUAGAUAUGAACCGAGAUGGCCACGUGGACUUCCAGGAGUUUGUUCACCUAGUAACAGCUCUCACUAUCGCCUGCAAUGAUUUCUUUGUGGAGUACCUGAAGAAACAGGGCAAAUUAUGUUGAGCUGGAUGAUGAUGUGAAUGUGGUAAUGAGGGUAGAAAUGGUGAAGAGAUCUCAGGAUUCAUUCUGCAAUCUGGGAUACUGUUUCAAUAAACUGGGAUAUUGUUUCAAUAAA